GGCAGUAGAAAGUCGCAUUCGUGCAAAGCAAAGCGGUUCCUUGUGGUCCUGUUGGCUAGCAUCCUCUGCGAGAGAUUCACAGCACUUUUCCCUUGUGGGUGACUCUUGCAGAUCGGAGAUUUCCGAGUAUCAGUUUUGAUUUACCUUCUUCAGUCAUGUCUGCUCAGGCUUUAAAUAGUGCCUUUAUGGCCCCUCGCGCUAUGCUUGGAGCCCCUGGAAGUCUUGGUGCCGCCCCAGUGCCCUACGAUGGUGCGUUCUUUCCUUACCAGAGGAAUGCCACCGUCGUCGACUCUGUGCCAAGCGAAAUCUUGCACAUGGUCCACGAGCACUGGUACCAAUUCCCUCCGAUGAACCCCUUGUGGCACAGUCUGCUUGGGAUUGCCAUGAUCAUCCUUGGCAUCGUCAGUGUCAUCGGAAAUGGAAUGGUUGUUUAUCUCAUGACAUCAACCAAGAGCCUUAAGACACCGACUAACAUGUUGAUUGUAAAUCUUGCGUUCUCGGAUUUCUGUAUGAUGGCCUUCAUGAUGCCCACCAUGGCCGCUAAUUGUUUCGCCGAAACAUGGAUCCUCGGACCAUUUAUGUGCGAAAUCUACGGGAUGGCUGGAAGUCUCUUUGGCUGCGUCUCCAUCUGGAGUAUGGUUAUGAUCGCGUUCGACCGCUACAAUGUCAUCGUCAAGGGUAUGUCAGCUGAGCCCCUCACAUCCAAGAAAGCAGCCCUGCAAAUCUUCUUGGUGUGGAUCUGGUCAGCAAUCUGGACCCUUCUGCCCUUCUUUGGAUGGAACAGAUAUGUACCUGAAGGCAACAUGACAAGCUGCACCAUUGACUACUUGACAAAAGACUGGAACUCAUCCUCAUACGUCAUAUUCUACGGCCUGGCUGUCUACUUUGCUCCCUUGUUCACCUUAAUCUACAGCUACACCUUCAUCGUGCGAUCUGUUGCCAGACACGAGAAGGAACUCAGAGAACAAGCCAAGAAGAUGAACGUCUCUUCUCUCCGAGCCAACUCAGAUCAGAACAAGACAUCCGCUGAAUGCAGGCUCGCCAAGAUUGCCCUGAUGACCGUUGGUUUGUGGUUCGUCGCCUGGACACCAUACCUGAGCAUCGCAUGGAGCGGUGUCUUCGGAACUGGAAAACGCCUGACUCCUCUUGCCACCAUCUGGGGAGCCGUCUUCGCCAAAGCCGUCGCCGUCUACAACCCUAUUGUGUACGGUAUCAGCCAUCCCAAGUACAGAGCAGCUUUGCACCAGAAAUUCCCAAGCCUCGCUUGCGCAACAGACACUGGUGACCACGGAAGUGAUAACAGGUCUGAGGCCACCGUCGUCGACGAGAAGCCACCCAAAAAUUCAGAAGCUUAAUUUUUGAAUCUUGUUUUCUGCUUUGUAAAGUAAUUGACUUUUCUCGCCUAAGUGGUUUAUUCUGUUUUACUGCCUAGCUAGAAGAAGUUUCGCUGUAAAUGCCUCAUUAAUAAAUUUGCAUUGAUCAGA